GAUUCGGCGAAGCGCUUAAUUGAGGCUGGAGCGGACGUGAAUAUCCGGCUGGAAAGAGCGGGCCUUGCUACCGCUCUGCAGGCUGCUCAAACAGCUGUCACGGAGGAAGAGAUCGAGAAGUUCAAGACAUAUUGUUCCACGGAUGAGGGUGUGGCUGAGGAGGUU